AUGCCAUCUGCUCUCACUGCAGCACCCAUGCACCAUGAGUCACGUAUAAUCGUCAGCGAUGACUCCCAACCUGGCGCGAUCCCCUCGCAUCCUCUAGGAGUCAAGCCCCUUGGCAACCAGUACUUUUUCCAGGGACCCAGCGCGCGCAAAUGCAUAGGGAAAUGGCUGCCCCUGCCAGACGAGAUUCUGAUGGUCGUUUUGGAAUACUUUGACCAGUCAUCUUUGACUCAGCUCGGGGCCACGUGCAAGUUCUUUUUUGCCUUUUGCCACUCUGAAGAACUGUGGAAGGCGCUGUUCCUCCAGAUAUGCCCAAGUAAUGACCAGGAUGUCAAGUGGGCGGGAUCUUGGAGAUCGACUGUUCUCGGCCUCCCGGGGGAUUUCGGCGUAAGGAUCGACUGUAGUAAUGUCUUUUCAGAUGUCUUGCACCGGCCGUUCGCCUGUAGCAAUAUCAAUCUGGCCCAGUUCACCUCCAACAUCCCCAAGGCCAACCGCAUCCGCCGGUUUGCUAACCUCACCCACGAGGAGUUUGCCGAGCGAUGGGCUGAAGAACCGUUUGUUCUGUCGGAGUGCAUCCAGUCGUGGCCCGUUACCUCGCAGUGGUCCAUCGACAAGCUGCUAAAGGACUACGCUGACGUCAACUUCCGCGCAGAGGCUGUGGAUUGGACGCUUUCUACUUAUUGCAGGUAUAUGGACAAGAAUUGGGAUGAAAGCCCCCUGUACUUGUUCGAUCGUGGGUUCGCAGAGAAGAUGGGCAUCAAGGUUGGACAUGAGACUGGGGCAGCCUAUUGGCGACCAGAGUGCUUCGGCCCUGACUUUUUCGAAGUGCUGGGCGAUGAAAGACCGGCUCAUCGAUGGCUCAUCAUGGGGCCUGCACGAAGCGGUUCGACCUUCCAUAAGGAUCCAAAUGCCACCAGUGCGUGGAAUGCAGUUAUCCAGGGCUCCAAGUAUUGGAUCAUGUUCCCGCCAGCGGCCCAGGUCCCCGGGGUCUAUGUCUCCAAGGACAGCAGCGAGGUAACGAGCCCGCUCAGCAUCGCAGAGUGGCUGCUCACAUUCCAUGAGGAGGCACGCCGGCUUCCCGAGUGCGUCGAGGGGAUUUGUGAAGCUGGAGAAAUUCUGCAUGUCCCCAGUGGCUGGUGGCACCUGGUGGUAAACAUCGAAAGCGGGAUCGCUCUGACGCAGAAUUUUGUGCCACAGUCCCCGGGCUUACACAACUUGUCCGAGGCGCUGUCGUUCCUAAGAGACAAGGCAGACCAGGUAUCCGGAUUCCGACACGAUAUUGAGAGCCCAUCAGAUCUCUUCAUCGAGAGGAUGGGAGCUAAGUAUCCGGAGCUUCUUGAAAAGGCGUUGGAUAUUGCGGAUAGGAAGGCGGGGAAGAAGAGACGGUGGAACACUGCCAUUGCUGUCGGUGACGAACAGCCGAGUGGCGGGUUCAGUUUCGGUUUCGCCCUGGGCGAGGACGACGAUGAGAUACCUUAA